AUGCUUCUGAAGCAAGUUCCUCGCACGGCGACCUUCGCCUGGUCACCAACAACCGGUCUCCCCCUCCUCGCGUCAGGAACUGUCGCGGGAGCCGUCGAUGCCGAUUUCUCUAAUACUACAGAGUUGGAGAUCUGGGAUUUGAAUCUACUUGACCAAUCACAGGAGGCAUUUGAGUUGAAGUCCUCGAGCGGGAAGGUAUCAACUGAUGCGCGAUUCUACGACUUGGCAUGGGGAAAUGUGAACAAUGAGAGACCAAAGGGUGUACUUGCUGGUGCGAUGGAGAACGGAGCAUUGGAUCUCUGGGAUCCCAGCGCGAUUCUGGAUGGAAAGACGAGCGAGGAGGCAUUGAUUAUGCGCAACACCACACACACCGGCGCUAUCCGCAGUCUCGAAUUCAACCCCUUCCAACCCAAUUUGCUCGCUACGGCCGGUGCGAAGGCGGAGAUCUACGUCUGGGACUUGGCUAACCCUACUAAACCUUACGCACCCGGAGGUAAGCCUUCACGCAUGGACGAAGUCGAGUCAAUUGCUUGGAAUCAGCAGGUCGCGCAUAUUCUUGCGACCGGAGGAAACACCGGAUACACUACGGUCUGGGAUCUUAAGCUGAAGAGGGAGUUGCUGCACUUGCAUUACCCCGGUACCUCUGGUGGAUUCUCCUCUGGCAAGCGCGGUAUCAGCAGUGUCGUCUGGCACCCCGAGAAUGCCACGAAGCUCAUCACUGCUUCUGAGGAUGACCAGAACCCCGUUAUCCUCAUGUGGGAUCUUCGUAAUGCGAACGCACCCGAGAAGAUCCUCUCCGGUCACGAGAAGGGCGUGUUGUCCCUGUCUUGGUCCAAGCAGGACAGCGACAUUCUUCUUUCUUGUGGCAAGGACAACAAGACCCUCUGCUGGAACCCCAAUUCUGGCGAGAUGCUCGGUGAAGUUUACAACUCCGUCAAUUGGCACUUCGAGACCCGGUUCAACCCCAAGAACCCGGAUUUGUUCGCCGAUGCCUCUUUCGACGGAAAAAUCUCCGUGCACUCCUUGCAGAACACCAUGCCGCGGGAUCAGAAGUCCGCAGCGGAGAUUGCGGCGUCUAAGCCUUCUGGCGCUGACUUCUUCAAUAUGCCGACGUAUUCUGACCCUAACGCUGCGUCAAGCUUUACCUUGAAGCAGGCGCCCAAGUGGUUACGUCGCAAGACUGGUGCGACCUUCGGUUUCGGUGGUAAGCUUGUUACCUUCGGCUCCAAGAGCAAGUCCGUUAAGGUCACCCAGGUUCUCACCGAAUCCUCCUUGUCCGAGGAUGUCGCCAAGUUCCAGGAAGAGCUUGCUAAGGAGGACCUCUCUGCACUUUGCGAGACUCGUCUGGAGAACGCCGGCGAUGCUGAGAAGCAGAACUGGAGAGUUCUUAAGGCUUUGUUCGAGAAGGACACCCGACAGAGAUUGAUCGAGUAUCUCGGAUUCAAGAAGGACGAGAUUGAGAAGGAGUUGGAGGGCAAGUUCGGUAAGCUUAGUGUCGAGGAGACCGAGGAGCCUACUGAGGAUGAGAAAGCGGAGUCAGCGGACACGAUUGCUGAGCCAGCUGUUCCUGGAGUCGAGCCUGUACCUUUGAAGAAGACUCACAACAAGAGGAUGUCCAUGCUUUUCUCCGGUGAUAGUGCUAACGGCGCUGACUUCUUCGGACAGCUUAGCAGCCAGGCCGAGACCAAGCCCAAGGCUGAGGGUACCCGUCCUUUCGAGAUUUUCUCCGAGAAGGACACCGAAACCGACAAGCUUAUCACCAAGGCUGUCUUGCUUGGCCAGUUCGAGAAGGCUGUCGAGAUCUGCUUGAAGGAGGAGCGUUUGUCGGACGCAUUCAUGCUCGCUAUGUGCGGUGAUGAGAAGUGCAGGAAGAGGGUUCAGACCGUCUACUUGCAGAAGAGGAUCGCCAAGGGUGCUGCCUCCUACCUUCGCCUAAUCUCCUCUUCCGUUAUCGACAAGGACUUGAACGAUGUUGCUUCCAACGCAGACUUGAAGGGAUGGAAGGAAGUUAUGGUCGUUCUUUGCACAUAUGCUGCGGAGGAGGACUUCUCUAGUUUAUGCGAGUUGCUCGGAGAGAGGCUCCAGCAGGCUGGUCAGACCAAGGAGGCUGCUUUCUGUUACUUGGCCGGAGCCAAGUUGGAGAAGGUUGUCGGUAUUUGGUUGGACGAGUACAAGGAGGAGGAGACCGCCGCCCUCGAAAAGGCCAAAUCUGACAACGAUGCUGGCGUUUCUCCUUUCUCGGUUCACGCCAAGGCUUUGCAGCGCUUCAUCGAGAAGGUCACCAUCUUCCGUAAGGCUGCCAAGUACGAUGAUACUGAUAUCUCCGCCGUCGCUAACUGGAAGCUCGAGUCCUUGUACGAGAAGUAUGUCGAGUACGCCGACAUCAUGGCUUCACAGGGCAGCCUCGAGACCGCGCAGAAAUAUCUGGACUUGUUGCCGACGGCAUACUCCACCACUGCUCAACUUAAGGAGAGGAUCAACAAGAACCUCAAGCUCGUCGCUGCUCCCGCUGCUACACAGGGCUACAGGCCUGCGGCUGCUCAGCCUGCUGCUCCCUCGUUCUACAACCCAACUGCUUCGGCGAACCCAUACCAGGCCGCCGCGCCCUCAAUCCCGUCUAUCAUUACCCCCAUGGGUGCUCCUCAGCCGGCGUUGAACCCCUACGCUCCUCAGCAAGGAUACUCCGCGUCUGCUGCCCCUCAGCAGCCCUCUUACUUCGGCGGGGACCAGGCUACUGGUAACUAUGUCCCUGCAUUCCCUCAGCCUGUGAUGCCCGGUCCUCCCAACCCCGUGGCAUCUCCCUCGACGCCCGUCAUGCCUCCUCCCUCGCAGGCGAAGAAGAUGGACGGCUGGAACGACGCACCGGUCUUGCCCAUGCCUGCCCGUCGUACUCCGGCACCAAUCCCUAGUCCUGCUCCCGCAUUCUCGCCCUUCUCUGGCCAGACUGCGCCUGCACCUGGACAGCCUGGUGUCGCUCCUCCUCCUCGUGGACCAUCGGCUGCUCCUCUCCCACCGCCGAAGACCAAUGCAAAGCCUCCUCAGCGUGUGACUUUGCCGCCACAGGCUCAGCCCGGCUCUGCCGCCAUGACUCCGGCGGUUCAGGGACCUCCUCCUACCGGCGCAUACGCCCCUAACCCGGCCCAGUCACCAAGGAUGCCCGCUUCGAGCCCAUACGCACCGGCUGGCGCUGUCAACCCAGGAGCACCGAUCUCGGUACCUCCUCCUAGGGUGAUUGCUCCCCCUCCUCAGGCAAACCCCUACGCACCACCUCCUCAGGCUGCUGCACCACCACAAACCUCGGCAUACGCGCCAGUGCCUCAGCAGAACGCUCCGGCAGCUACCUCUCCGUACGCGCCUGCAGCAACUACCGCUCCCCCUGUCAACCCAUAUGCUCUUCCGUCUAUGGGUGCACGAAUGCCUGGCUUGUCUGGCCCAUCGGCUCCUCCACAGGCCGCUGCUCCUCCUGCUGCUAUCCCCCCUCCACCUCAGGGUCCUCCUCGUCAGGCACCUGCGCAGUCUUCGCAGACCGCUGCCGCUUUGCAGAGACUGCCUACACCUGCGCAGUCUCCUCCUGCGGGUCAGUAUGCCCAGCUCGCCCAGCCUGCCGCAUCCAAGGCACCCAAGUAUCCUGCCGGUGACAGGACGCACAUUGCGCCUGCGAACAAGCCCAUCUUCGAUAUCCUUAACGCUGAGAUGCAGAAGAUCAAGGCUCAGGCACCACCGCAGUUCAAGCGGCCCGUCCAGGACACUGAGAAGCGCCUCAACAUCUUCUUCGACCUCGUCAAUAACGAUGACGAGACCUUGUCGAAGGAGUUGCUAGGAGAGAUGUUGAAGCUCGCACAGCACGUUUCAAGGAGAGAUUGGAGUGAGGCUGCUGCUAUUCAGUUGGAGUUGUUGACGAACAGGACGCAGGAGUGUGGUGUUUGGAUGGUUGGUGUGAAGCGGUUGUUGGAUAUGGGAAGGUCGUUGCCCGCAUAA